AGCCGGUUCGGCUCAGGCGCAGGGCCAGCCAGAUCUCUCGGUUGAGAGCCCGCGCCGAGGGCCGCUCCCGUUCGGCGAGCCGCCGCGGCUUCCGGGGCCGAUGAGCGCGGCCGACGUGGCGCCGGGCCGGGAGUUCUGGAUUGUCGCCGCGGGGUGCGACAAGGAGAAAAUGGGGCAGGAGGCCAAGGCAGAGAAAAUGUCCGUGCUGGCGGACCUGAAGAGCAGCGGCCCCCUGACUCAGGCGUGCAGGCUAGGCGGCAAGCAGGGUCCCUGGCAGUUCGACGUCCCGGACGGGGAUCAGUCGCUGCGUCACGGGACGUUUGACGAUCUUAACAUGCUCGCAGAUAAUUUGCCCAAGUACGACUCACAGGUGGACAGCAUCCUUCACCGCCUGGAGCGCCAGAUCAUUGAGCUCAACAACGCGCACCCAGAAGGAAAAGCGCCCUCCCAUGUCCAGUUCAAGGUCAAGAGCCAGCGCCAGGAGAAGGGCCUGCUCGACUACCUGAGCGAUUGGAAAUGGGACGAGGCCAAGUAUCCGAAGACGCGCCUGAUGGCCGAAACCUGUCAAUCGCUUAUGCACGCUGUCAACCGGCUAGACGAUGAGGCCCGAAGCAAAACAAACCAGUACAACGAGUAUAAGACGCAAAAGGCCAACAUUGACAGGAAAGACGGCGCGCUGCUCACUGGCGCGGACCUCAUCGAUGUGUUGACGCCGAGUGUGGUGAAGAUGGGACCAGGCAAGAGUGCGAACGACGACUUCAUCUACACAGAGCACCUCACCACGGUCACCGUCAUCCUUACGAAGGGGGCCGAAGUGGAGUUCCUCAAGACGUACGAGAAAAUGACGGAUUCUGUGGUCCCGAAGUCGGCCAAGCGAUUCGAUCACGAGAGCGUGAAAGACAAGGACGGCAACACCGUCUGGCGGGUCGUCAUGUUCAAGGAUUGUGCGGAGCCGUUCAAGAAGGCCUGUCGCGAGCGGCGCUAUAUCACUCGAGACUUUGAGUACAGCGAGGACGCGUACAACAAGCGCGAGGCCGCGCGCAAGGACCUCGAGGAUAAGGUCAAGAGGGAAUACACCCUCGUCAUGAGCCUCUACCAGGCUGCGUGGUCGGACGUGAUGGUCGCGUGGAUCCACAUCAAGGCCAUGCGCGUGUUUGCGGAGAGCGCCUUGUGGUCGGGCUUGCCGCCCAAGUUUGCGGCCUUUGUCGUCAGCCCCGUGCCAGGCAAGGGCGACGCGGUGCGGAAGGUGCUCGCCGACAAGCUAGGGAAGCUGGGUGGCGGAACCGGCCCUGGCAGCAAAGGCGACGCAGACGAUGGGGAGGAGGACUACCCGUACGUCUCGCUCUCGUUCGUCCCCUUCACCGUUCCGAGGUAGAGGGAACCCCGCAGCAGCAGCUGCAGUGACCCUGGAGGGGGAGGGGGAGGGGAGAGCAGAGAUUUUGGGGACUUAGAGGCAGCGGCAGCGCAUAUGGCAGUGUACGUAGGUCUGGAGCCAGCCAGCCUGAGUGAGCCGUCCCUCUUUUUUGGCCAUGCGUGAAGAGUGACACUCCGCCAGGGGCGCACCUUUUUUUGGGGGGUGGUGAUGCGGGGGGGGUGCGGACCCCAAGCGUCCAGGCUGCACUGAUCGCACCACAUUCAACGAUAGGCAAGCCGCGAGCCCAACGGCCACUCUCGCCCAGGGUCGCUCUUGCGUGUUGCCGACUCUUGCCCUAGGCCUGCUUCCUCCUCCCCCGCUUCUUCUCGGCUCCCCGCCUCUGCUCGGCGCCGUGCUUGUAUCGAUUCCCGUGAAGGCGCGCCAGUUUUUGGCGGCGCGCAGAAGGGGGAACGGGUGAAGGUGGCGGCCUUCUAUAAGAAUGCAGGCCGCCAAGAUGGGGCCCUACAACGGCAUGUUCGCCGCGUUGAUGCGGCGGCGGUCCCAGCGCGACUGCUCAAGGUUGAAUGCCGCCAGCGACCCCUGCGAAUGAUCUGCGCUAUCGGAAAGCCGCGCUCGUUCAAAGUUGGACGAUCCACGCAGUGCCUGAAACCAACGCCGACGUCAUCUUGACGUAAUCCCGCUGUCGGGGGUUCCCGAGGACCAUCGCCGCUGCCUCGGCGAUGCGGCUCGACUUGGAGCCCAUUUUCUCUAUCCCGAUGCCGCCGAUGCAUCGGCGAUGCGGCGCCAUCCCUCGGC